UGGGCAGGGGCCGGAGGAGGCGGCGGAGGCGGAGCCCUGGCGCCUUAGAUUGUGCGCCGGGCGCCGCUGGGUGAUUUUCCGGCCAUGAGCCCCCCGGCGGCGGGGCCGAGAGCGGGACCCGGGCCGGGGCCGGCGGACGGCGGGCGCUGAGCCAUGUCGCGGGCGGCGGGCGGCGAGUGCCGCGAGGAAGUGGCGGGCUGGGAGGGCGAGGACGGGCAGUGCGACUCGGGCAUCGAGUCGCUGCGCUCGCUGCCGGGCGGCAAGGAGACCCCCGCCGCGCCCGAGAGCCCCCCUGCCGCCCCCGAGGAGACCCUCGCCGAGGCCGCCGCCGCCGAGGAGCGGCUGGAUUCUAGCUAUGGCUCCGGCGCCCUGCCCGAGGCUCUGCCCGGGCUGCCGGGGGCUCCGGGGGGCCGCCCCGAGGAGCCGCCGCCGCGGCCCGAGGAGCUCAGUCGGCAGCAGCUGGCCCUCACCUACCUUUCGGAGGACGGAGACACGUUGGUUCAUCUGGCUAUUAUCCACUGUGUCCCAGCUGUAGCACUCUGCUGCAUCGCUCAGCUGCCCAGGGAAGUGCUGGAGAUCCAAAAUGAUCUUUUCCAGACCCCGCUCCACCUUGCUGUGUACCUGGAGCAGCCCAGCGUGAUCCAGGCACUGAUCCACAAGGGAGUGAACCCUGGGCUGCAGGACCGUAACGGCAACACCCCGCUGCACUUGGCCUGUGAGCAGCAGUACCUGCAGUGUGCCCAGCAGCUGCUGAAGGGCCCAGCCACACCAGAUGGCACAACUCAGCCCCAUGGGUACCACCAGGACCUGCAGCUCCAGAACUGGCAAGGCUUGGCCUGCCUGCACAUCAGUACCUUGAAAGGGAACAUCCCAAUGAUGUCUCUGCUCCUGGAGAGUGGCGCCAACAUUGAUGUUCGGGAGGGUACGAGCGGGAAGACCCCAUUGCACCUGGCUGUGGAGUGCCACAACUGUAGGGCUGUCCAGUUCCUGCUGCGCAAUGGGGCGUACGUGGAUGCCCAGAUGUACAACGGGUGCACUCCACUCCACCUGGCCGUGGGCCGCAAGGAUGCUGCCAUCGCUGCCAUCCUCUCACACUCUGGGGCUGACACCCUGCUGAGGAACAUGGAGAAUGAGACAGCUCAGGACCUGGCUGAUGGCAACGAUGAUCUCCUUGCCUUGCUGCCCUUCGAUGACCUGAAGAUCUCAGGGAAGCCUGUUGUGUGCUCUGAAUGAGCAGAUGGACUCCUUUGGCCCAUUGGGCUGCCUCCUUCCUCGGUGCUGCUGCCCUGCUGCCCACUGGAUGUUGCCUGCCUGCAGUUCAGUGAGAGCAGAGACACUUUGGGAGACUUAUCCCACUGCCCCUCCCCUUUUUGGAAAAGUUUUGUUUGCCUCAGGCUGCCUUCCCAGAUGGAAGAAGGUGGCGUUAUGAGCACUACACAGGGGAGGCUUUUCUUUUAGAAUCUGUGUAUUGCAGCAGGACUGAAUUUCCCCUCCCUGCCAUGACUCUGACUUGUGGGGGUCUCCAGCAUACGCAGGGAAGGAGUAGGAGAGGACUCAUUUUCACAUUGUAGGCUGGACAGAGCAUUGUCUGGCACCCCAUCAGAAUAAGUGUGGGGUGAGGAGAGUCAACACUUACUCUAAUAAAUGUUUGUUGUUGCUAUGGGCA